AUGGAACGAUUUAAUAGAACGCUCAAGGAACGGUGGCGUUAUUUUACACAUAAAAAUACACGGCGUUACAUCGAUGUUUUGCAGGAUAUCGUUCGCGCUUACAAUCACACGCAUCACUUCACCAUCAAAAUGGAGCCUGCAGUCGUUACGCGGGAAAAUGCACGUGUCUCGCGUGAAAAUAUGAAUCGUCGAUGGAAUGACAUCGAACAGAAAAAGAAACGCGGAUGUAGACAAAAGGCUAAAUAUAACGCGGGUGAUUUUGUACGGGUCAGUAGAGCAAAAGUAGCCUUUAAGAAAGGAUACGAGGCAAAGUGGAGCGAAGAAAUAUUUCGAAUUCACCGUGUUCUUGAAUGGAGAAAACCACGCGUAUAUGAAUUAAGUGAUUUAGCGGGUGAAAUUAUAGACGAAUUUUUUUACGAACAAGAAUUAGCGCCGAUUAUUAAAGACUUGCAAGGGGAAGAACUUAUCGUCGAACGCGUGAUAAAAAGCAGGGGCCGUGAAAAUAAUAAACAAUUGUUAGUUAGCUGGCAAAGAUAUCCUUCAAAAUUCGAUUAUUGGAUACCCGCUGAGAGCUUAAAGACUUUGGAUAAAAAUGAGGGAGGAUGA